UUUCAUGGCAUCCUUCUGACAUGGCCAGAGGACCAAAGAAACAUUUGAAGCGAUUGCACGCUCCGAAAUCAUGGAUGCUCGACAAGCUCGGUGGAGUAUUUGCUCCACGGCCGAGCACCGGGCCUCACAAGUUGAGGGAGUCACUUCCUCUGAUCAUCAUGCUGCGUAACCGUCUGAAGUAUGCUUUGACGGGGGCUGAAGUAAAGAAGAUCGUAAAGCAACGCCUUAUCAAGGUAGACCACAAAGUGCGCACCGACACAAACUACCCUGCUGGUUUCAUGGACGUCAUCACGAUAGAAAAGACUGGGGAGUUCUUCCGCUUGUUGUAUGACGUGAAGGGCCGCUUUGUUCUGCACCGCAUCACCCCGGAAGAGGCCAAAUACAAGCUGUGCAGGGUGAAGAGGGUGCAAGUGGGCCCCAAGGGGGUUCCUUUCUUGGUCACCCACGAUGCACGCACCAUCCGUUACCCCGACCCCCUCAUCAAGGUCAACGACACCGUCAAGGUUGAUCUGGCUACUGGCAAGAUUGACGACUACAUUAAGUUCGACUCUGGAAAUGUAUGCAUGGUGACCGGUGGUCACAACUUGGGUCGUGUCGGCACUAUCAUGUCUCGAGAGAGACAUCCAGGAUCCUUCGAUAUUGUCCAUGUCAAGGAUUCCCAGGGACACACCUUUGCUACCAGGUUGAGCUAUAUCUUCAUCAUCGGCAAGGGUACUAAGCCAUACAUUUCUCUGCCACGUGGCAAAGGAGUGAAGCUCUCCGUUGCAGAAGAAAGGGAUCGUCGGCUGCAGAUUAAGGCGCAGCACUGAAGUGGCUAAUAAACGGGCUGUUCUGGAGCAUAAACUUU